AGGUGUUUCUGAGUGCACAUUACUCUGGAGAGGAUUUGGUGCCUAAGUUUAAUGCUGGUGAGGCAUGGAAGAAAGUUUUUGGUCCUGUUUUCAUUUAUUUGAAUUCUUCCUAUGAUGGAGUUGACCCCCUUAAGCUAUGGGACGAUGCUAAACUACAGAUGUUGCUGGAAGUUCAAAGCUGGCCCUACAGUUUCCCUGAUUCAGAUGAUUUUGCGAAGUGGGACGAACGUGGUAAUGUUAGUGGCAGGCUUUUGGUCAGAGAGAGGUGUAUAAAUGAUGACUAUAUCUCAGCAAAAGGUGCCUAUGUUGGCUUGGCUCCUCCAGGCGAUGUGGGAUCAUGGCAAAGAGAAUGCAAGAAUUAUCAGUUUUGGGCUAAAGCAGACGAUGAUGGCUACUUUUCCAUCACCAAUGUACGUGCAGGAGAUUACAAUGUUUACGCCUGGGUGCCUGGUUUUAUUGGUGACUAUAAAUAUGACGUAGCUAUGACCAUAACAGAAGGCUGUGAAAUCGACCUUGGUGAGCUUGUGUAUGAACCCCCUAGAGAUGGUCCAACAUUGUGGGAAAUUGGCAUUCCUGAUCGAACAGCUGCUGAGUUCUAUGUUCCUGACCCAAAUCCCAAAUAUAUCAACAAACUUUUUGUUAAUCAUCCUGACAAGUUUAGACAAUAUGGAUUAUGGGAGAGAUAUGCAGAACUCUACCCUGACAAAGACCUGAUCUACACAAUUGGUAUCAGUGACUACACCAAAGAUUGGUUCUUUGCUCAAGUUACCAGGAAGAAAGAUGACAACACAUUUCAAGGAACCACUUGGCAGAUCAAGUUUCAACUUGAUCAGGUGAACAAAACCAGUAGCUAUAAACUGCGGGUGGCUUUGGCAUCUGCAACAUUAUCUGAACUUCAGGUUCGAGUUAAUAAUCCAAAGAGCCCUCGUCCUCUAUUUUCAAGUGGGUUGAUAGGAAGGGAUAACUCGAUCGCAAGGCAUGGAAUUCAUGGACUUUAUUGGCUUUACAAUGUAGACAUUGCAGGAACUCAAUUUGUUGAAGGAGAUAAUACCAUCUUUUUGACACAGAGCAGAGGAAAUAGUCCAUUUCAGGCAAUUAUGUAUGAUUAUAUUCGUCUGGAAGCUCCACCAUCGUCUACCUUCAAUAACACAAAGUGAUAAAUUUUCUGUUUUAGUUAGUAACCAUAUUGAAUCGAAUCUGAAGAAUAAAUACUGGGAAUAAAGAAUGGAGCUUCUGAAAUAAUGAAAAAUUGAGUUUCUUUGUAGCUUGUAGUUGUUUGAAGCUUCUCAAGUAAUGAAAUAUGUACAAGAACAUUAUGUUUAACUUGAAUUAUAAAGGAUUAG